UUUAAUCGUUUUUGUCAUUCUGUGCAAGUCGGACGUGUUGGAGCUGUUGCUGCUACCGAACGGUGUUUUACCUCUGCUCACAGUGUGUGUGUGUGUGUGCGCUAUCUCUUGCUGGCUGUGUUAGUGUGUUUUAAAUAAGUUUCCUUAAACAAAUUACAUAGAAAAUCGCUGAUUUUCUCUUUCUCGCUUUACUAAAUUUCUUGGUGGCGUGAAUAAAAGUGUUACAACCAAAAAAGAAGAAACAAAGCGCGUGUGUUAAAACAGCAAAUAUAUUGCAAAUAGUUUCAAUUCGACACCCAAACUACUAAAACAACUACAAACUUCAAUCAUGAGCUGGCAAGAUUAUGUCGAUAAUCAGCUUUUGGCUUCGCAGUGCGUUAACAAGGCGUGCAUUGCCGGACACGAUGGUAACAUUUGGGCGCAGUCCAACGGCUUUGAGGUUACAAAGGAAGAGCUCGCCAAAUUGAUUAGCGGCUUCGAUCAGCAGGACCUGCUCACCAGCAACGGUGUAACACUAGCCGGCCAAAGGUACAUUUACCUCUCAGGCACAGAUCGCGUUGUGCGCGCAAAACUCGGCAGAAGCGGUGUGCACUGCAUGAAGACGACACAAGCCGUCAUCGUGUCCAUCUACGAGGAUCCUGUUCAGCCCCAGCAGGCCGCUUCCGUAGUGGAGAAACUUGGAGAUUAUCUGAUUACUUGCGGGUACUAGAAAAUAAACAAAAAUCAACACAACACCAUCAACAACAACACACCAACAACAACACAGCAACAAAUUCGAUAAGAAUCCGUAAAUGAACUACAUAACUAAAAACAAAAAAAAAGUAAUAUUAAUAUUUAAAUUUAUGAAAAA